AUGUAUGAUAAAGGUUGGGUGCGUCUUAACAGAGUUGAUCCUGAGUAUGAGAUUGGAGCAUCAAAAUUUGUAGAAGCCGUCAUAAAAAACUUAGGAAAUCCUGAGAUGAUCUUAUGUCCAUGCAUAGAUUGUCGUAAUGUUGAUCAUCAAUCUGGUAAUAUUGUUGUCGAACAUUUAGUAACAAGAGGAAUGGACAUCAAAUACAAACAAAGAAAUGAUUGGUAUGAGCAUGGAGAGCAAAUGACUAGUGGAGAGAGAGUAGAUGAAAUAGUCAAUAAUGAGGCAUUCAAUUUAUAUAAAGCUACCCACUAUCUGGAGGAAGACUAUGUGAAGUUUGGUGAGUUUGUUAACGAAGACUACAAUGAGCCUAUGGAAGGCAAACCUGAUGAUAGUUUUAUGGCAAACCUUAAAGAUGCAGAAACUCUUUUGUAUUCUAAUGGCUCACGAUACAAUAAAUUAUCGGCCAUUGUAACUUUAUUCCGACUUAAAACUCAUAGUGGAUGGUCGGAUACAAGUUUUAAUGAACUUCUUGGUGUAUUAGCAGACUUGCUUCCAGAGGAUAAUGUACUUCCAAAGUCAUUGUAUUUAAUGAAAAAAUUUCUUAAGGAGUUUGGAAUGGGGUAUGAAAAAAUUCAUGCUUGUUCGAACGAUUGCUGCCUAUUUCGAAACGAGUACAAGGACAUGGAAAAUUGUCCCAAGUGUGGUCCAAAGCAACCUGGAAAUGAUAUAGAUGUGUAUUUACAACCACUAAUAGAAGACUUGCAAACAUUGUGGCACAAUGGAGUGGAGGCAUCUGAUGCAUUUAGUAAAACUAUUUUUAACCUUAGAGCAAUUUUAUUGUGGACCAUAAAUGAUUUUCCAGCCUAUGGUAAUCUUGCUGGAUGUUGUACUAAAGGUAAAAUGGCAUGCCCUCUUUGUGGGAAAAAUAAACAUCACCAAUGGUUAAAGUAUAGUAGAAAAUUUGCGUACAUGGGACAUAGAAAAUUUUUGCCGCCUUCCCAUUCAUAUCGGAGAAAAAAAUCGUGGUUUGAUAAUAAUAUAGAAAGUGGGAGCAAGCCAAGAAUCUUGACAGGUCGGAAUAUUUUUUCCGCUCUUGAAAAAUUUCCAAAUAAUUUUGGAAAAUUAAAAAAACAAAAAAGAAAAAGGAAUGAGAACGUAGACGGUGACAAAGAUGAUGAAGUUGGCAAUGAUACAAAUGAUGCAGAUCAAGAUGAGCUAGUGCGAUGGAAGAAAAGAUCCAUAUUCUUUGACUUACCAUAUUGGAAGGAACUUCCAUUACGUCAUAAUUUAGACGUAAUGCAUGUAGAGAAAAAUGUGUGUGAAAGUUUAAUAAGUACAAUUCUACAUUGUGGAAAGUCAAGAGAUGGGGUCAAUGCUCGGAAGGAUUUAGAAAAUAUGCAAAUAAGAAAGGAUUUAUAUGCGCAACCUCGAGGAAGUAAAACUUACCUUCCAGCAGCUCCAUGGACCUUAUCAAAAUCAGAGAAAAAAAAUUUUUGCGAGAGAUUGUAUAACUUCAAAGGACCUGAUGGUUAUUGCUCAAAUAUUGGCAAAUGUGUGUCAUUGGAAGAAUGCAAGGUUAUUGGCCUCAAGUCUCAUGAUUAUCAUACAUACAAAUUCGACUUGGAUGAAGAGUGGCAAAAGGCAAUUGUAUUGAAAUCAAUGGGAUGCAUAUGGAGGGCCUCAAAAUCAAGGCUGGUUAAACAAAUAAGAGAUGCAAACAAUGAAGCAGAUAGACUUAAACUGCAACCUAGGAACAUUCACACUAGAGCAGAGUGGAGAAAAUUUAUUAAAGAAAAGACAAGUCCUGCAUUUAAGACUAUAAGUGAGAGAUAUAAGGCAAUUAGGCACAAACAGAUCUCACACACAUGCAGCAGAAAAGGAAUGGCUCGAUUGGCAGAAGACAUGGAGAAGCUCAAUGAAUUAGAAUCUGAGUCACCAUCGUCUUCAAGGACUGACAUAAGGAAUGAUUCCCUUUCCAAAGUCUUGGGGCAAGACAAAUAUGGACGAGUAAGAGGAAUGGGAAGAGGAAUGACAAUUACUAAGUUGUCAUUAUUUCUAGCACAUAAUAAGCAUGUGUCGCAUAUGGAAAACUGGAUAAAGCAGUUGGAGAACAUUGUUAGUGCAUUAGGAAAAAAUAAGGUUCAUCAGAGUGAAGAGGCGGACAAAACAUCUUCAAAAGGUGGAAAUUCUAAUUUUGGACCUGAUUGCAAGUUAGUAGAUUGGGGUGGAACAAAUGACAUUGUUGCUGAAGGACGUGUGGUAUCAUUUGAUCCCAAAGAUCUUGUAGAUCAAAUUCCGCUUGGACCUAAUGCAAUAAAAGUUUUGGUUAACGUUCCAAUUCAGCCAAAUGCAUUUUUGUGGAGGCCUACACCUAAUAUGACAUUUAUUAAAGAGUCUCGCGGUAAAACAAUAGCUUGGCAUAGCGAAAGAGUAAUUUUGCAAUCUGAGGAAGAGUCUGGGGAGGAAGAAAAUUAUAACUUCGUAGCAUCGAUUGAUGCAAAGAAUAAAUGCAAACUACUUGAUUGGAAUGGGAAAGAUGAAGUAGUUGCUGAAGGACGUUUGCAUUCGAGUGAUCCAAAUGCAUUAGUUAAUGGCAUUCCUCUUCGGCCCAAUGCUAUGAUAGUUUCGGUGGAUGUUCCGAAAUUUUUUGAAGCAUGUUUAUGGCGGCCCCUUGCAGCUGAUAUGAGAUUUAUUAAAGAUGUUGUCAAUUCUACAAUAGCUUGGCCUGCAGAUAGAGUUAUAUUGGAGAAAACAGUAGAAAGUGAAGAAGAAAAUAUUUCAUCUCCUCAGGUAAAAAAAUGUGUGCUUGUUAUAUCAUGAAUUAUUUAUAUAUGGCCAUCUAAUAUUCAUAUUUCUCAAUUUAUAAAUGUUUGAUUUCUUAGAGUGUCAACACCAAUAAUCUAAAUAAAAAGUGCAAGUUAUUGGAUGUUUGUGGAUCUGGUCAAAUUGUUGCUGAAGGACGAUGGUCCUCUAAUGAUCCAAGUCAAGUUGUUCAUUUUGUUCCAUUGGGUCCUAAUGCUACGAGAGUUUGGGUAGAAAUAGCAAAAGUCCCAGCCGCGUCUCUUUGGAGAUCUACAUCUGAGAUGGAGUUUAUUGAAGAUGCCAUAGGAACUACAGUGGCAUGGCCAACAGAUAAAGUGGUUAUAUUGUAGAGUACUGGUAAGCCAUUCGACUCUCUCUAUUCUAAGUUUAUUUUUUUCUCCAAUCACGUAUUGUACUUAAUUUGAUAUUGUCAUCGAAAUUGUAAUUUAUGGAUUGCAAAUCGAUUUAUUCACUUGAUUUAGGUAAAUGUUAUAUAUCUCUUUCUUUUUAGUACUUUACGAGUAAAAUAUAUUUAUUUUUUUUCAAUUACUU